GUGUGUGCAUGUCUCGCUGUUGCACGUGGCUGUGACUUCCUGUUCAGUGUGUGCAUGUCUCGCUGUUGCACGUGGCUGUGACUUCCUGUUCAGUGUGUGCAUGUCUCGCUGUUGCACGUGGCUGUGACUUCCUGUUCAGUUUGUGUGCUCUCUUUUCCUUAGAGUCCUGACAUAGCCCGGGUGCUACAGGGUGGCUGCCAUGGUUUCUCCAAGAAGUUCAUGCACUGGCAGGAGGAGCUCAUCCUGGGUGGGAGGGCCAAGGAUUCUCACAAUGCACUUCUGAGUGCUGAAGCCCUUCAGACCAUGUACCUCCUGAUGAGUCCCAGGCAGCUCUACGAGCACUUUAAAGAUGACUACGAGAUCCAUGACAUCAACUGGAAUGAGGAGAAAGCCACUGCCAUUUUGGAGUCCUGGCAGAGGAAGUUUGUGGAGGUGGUCCACCAGAGCAUUUCUCCAAAUUCCUCACAGAGCAUCCAUGCCUUCUCCACCACUACCCUCAACGACAUUAUGAAGUCUUUCUCGGAUGUCAGCGUGAUCAGAGUGGCGGGCGGUUAUCUGCUCAUGCUGGCAUAUGCCUGUGUGACCAUGCUACGCUGGGACUGUGCCAAGUCCCAGGGCGCGGUGGGUCUGGCAGGCGUCCUGCUGGUGGCGCUCUCUGUGGCUGCUGGCCUGGGCUUGUGCUCUCUGCUGGGCCUCUCCUUCAAUGCCGCCACCACUCAGGUGCUUCCCUUCCUGGCCUUGGGGAUUGGGGUGGAUGACAUGUUCCUGCUGGCUCAUUCCUUCACAGAAACCGGCUCCAACAUCCCUUUCAAGGAAAGAACAGGUGACUGCCUAAGGAGGACCGGGACCAGCGUGGCUCUCACUUCCAUCAACAACAUGAUUGCCUUCUUCAUGGCCGCCCUGGUUCCCAUCCCGGCUCUCCGGGCGUUCUCCCUGCAGGCAGCCAUUGUGGUGGUUUUCAACUUCGCUAUGGUGCUGCUCAUCUUCCCUGCCAUCCUGAGUUUAGACCUUCAUCGGAGGCAAGACAAGAGGCUCGACGUGCUCUUCUGUUUCUACAGCCCCUGCUCCUCACGGGUCAUCCAGAUCCAGCCACAUGAGUUCUCAGAUGCCAGUGAAGGCCAGCAUUUCCCAUCCCCCUCACCGUCAUACAAUGGCCCCACCAUCUCCACCAGCACCCAGAUCACCACUACCGUGCAGGCCUUCACCCAGUGCGAUGCGGCUGGUCAGCACAUCGUCACAAUCUUGCCACCCACCUCCCAGAUCUCCACCAGCCCUCCCUCUGUUCUGCUGCCUUCACCUCCCCACGAUGCCUAUGACUCACAGCUCUUCACAGCUUCCAGUUCUACACGGGAUCUCCUAGCCCAGGUGGACGACGCACAGGAAGCUCGCAAGUGCGUACCGCUGCCGUUCUUUCGCUGGAACUUGUCAGACUUUGCCCGUGAUAAGUAUGCCCCGCUGCUGCUGAAGACAGAGACCAAGGCUGUGGUGGUGGUUCUCUUUGUGGCCUUGCUGGGCUUGAGCCUCUACGGGACCACCAUGGUCCAUGAUGGCCUGUACCUCACCGACAUUGUUCCCCGUGACACCAAGGAGUAUGACUUCAUCUCUGCGCAGUUCCAUUACUUCUCCUUCUACAACAUCUACCUAGUUACCAUGGGUGGCUUUGACUAUGCUCGCUCCCAGCGUCGCCUGCUACAGCUGCACAAUGCGUUCAGCUCCGUCAAACACGUGGUCAGGACCGACCGGCAGAAGCUGCCUCAGAUGUGGCUGCACUAUUUCCAGGAUUGGCUGAGAGGACUGCAGGCCGCCUUCGAUGCUGACUGGGCUGCUGGCCGCAUCACCUCAGACAGUUACCGCAAUGGCACAGAGGAUGGCGUUCUGGCUUAUAAGCUUCUCAUCCAGACUGGAGCCAAGAAGGAGCCUUUCAACUACAGCCAGCUGACCACCCGAUGCCUGCUAGAUGAGGAGGGCUUGGUGCACCCAGAUGUUUUCUACAUCUACCUGACGGUGUGGGUUAGCAAUGACCCCCUGGGUUACGCUGCCUCCCAGGCCAACUUCUACCCCCAUCCCCGCGAAUGGAUCCAUGACAAGUACGACACGACAGGCGAGAAUCUGAGGAUCCCGGCUGCAGAACCCCUGGAAUUUGCACAGUUUCCCUUUUACCUGAAUGGCCUGCGGCAGACGUCGGACUUCAUCGAGGCCAUCGAGAGUGUGCGCUCCAUCUGCGAUGAAUUCACAAUCCAGGGUAUCCCCAGCUACCCCAGUGGGCACCCCUUCCUUUUUUGGGAACAGUACAUUGGCCUGCGGCAUUGGUUUCUGCUGGCCGUCAGUGUGCUGCUUGCCUGCACCUUCCUGGUCUGCGCCAUUCUGCUGCUGAACCCCUGGACCGCAGGCAUCAUCGUCUUCAUCCUGGCCAUGAUGACGGUUGAGCUCUUUGGCAUUAUGGGUCUAAUUGGCAUCAAACUGAGCGCUAUCCCCGUGGUCAUCCUCAUCGCCUCUGUGGGCAUCGGUGUGGAGUUCACUGUCCAUGUGUCACUGGGCUUCCUGACCGCCAUCGGCAGCCGCAGCCUACGCUCUGCUGUCGCCCUUGAGCACAUGUUUGCCCCCGUCAUGGAUGGUGCCAUCUCCACACUGCUGGGUGUGCUCAUGCUGGCCGGCUCUGAGUUUGACUUCAUCAUAAGGUACUUCUUUGCCGUGCUGGCUAUCCUGACACUGUUGGGUGUUCUCAAUGGCCUUGUUCUUCUGCCCGUCCUGCUGUCGCUCAUUGGGCCACCUGCCGAGGUCACCCCAUUUCCGGAGUCCUUGUCCCCUACAAGCCACCCACCUCAUGGCCCGCCCCGCCGGGCCUUCUGCGAGUCCUCGGAUUCCGAGUACUACUCCGAGUACUACUCGGAGAGCAGCUGCACCUGCGAUGAGGAACAUAAGCAGUGUGCUCACGGUGCCUACAACACGCCAACGGCUCCGGGACCCUCCCACAUCCUGCUGGAGGCCAGCAGGAACCCCAGCUUUCCCAAACUCACGGUAGUGAAACCAUUUAGCCAUAGGUCAGAUUCUACCAACCAGAAGAGACUAAACGGGCCGGCUCCACCCACCAUCAUGUCAGUCAGUUCCCAGAUCGCCAGACAGGAGAGCAAACAGCAUCACCAACGGGAUGCAUCCCCCAGGGGGCAGCAUUUAGUCAGCAACAGGGUGCCACUUUCGGGGAGGACUCAACGCUGUGGGCCACAAGCGGAGCAGUUACCUAACAGAACUAUGACGCCUGCCUGCCAUGCUGGACGGCCUCAGGCUCCCAGGAACACUGUGACGAUGGUGACGGCCACCGCGUCUGUGACGGUGUCUGUGCACCCAAAUGUGCUGGGGCCCUACAGCAGCUACGUGCCCGAGGCCUUUGAAGACAGCGAGAUGCACUUAGGUGAGGGCAUCUCACAGACUUCCAGGAUGGCUGCUGAAGCCUCCCAGGUGGAAUCCUUGGAGCUGCAGGACCUGGAGUGUGAAGUGAGGCACGAGCACAGGGCUGCGAAGAAGCACUAGGGGGUCUGGGCCCUUUCUCUGCAUCUCUGCAGCUGGAGGACCUCCAUGUGACCUGCAUGUGCUACACUGCCCCCUGCCUGCAGGCAGUGCCUCACAGCAGGGAUGCUAUUGUGAUGGCUGCACGCCAGCUGGACUCCUCUGCUUGGGCUGGUCAGUGUGAACCACUCUUUGGGGAUCCGCAUGCACCUGCCUGGGACACCACCAUGAUCUGUACAGACUAUAAAGCAGACCUUGUGAAAACAGGAGGAUUUAUUUUGGGAAAAAAAAGUAUUAAAAGUUCUCAUUCUGCAAAUAUAUAAGUGUACGAAUAUAUAUAUAUAUAUAUAUAUAUAUAUAUAUAUAUAUAUAUAUAUGUAUAUCAAUACUAAAUAACAGGGAAGAGCUAUUUAAAAGUGUAAAAACUGUAUAACUGGUGCAUUCUGUUAUAUAAAAGUCAGAUAAUGUGUGAAGUUGAGGCCGUUUCCUCCCUUUUCUAGAUGGAAAAAUGUGUUAUAUGUAAAAAAAAGAAACAAAAACUGGUAUAAUGGUAAUAGUUUAUUAGAAAAAAGGUCAGUGUUUCGCUGCUACUGUUUAUAAGACAAGAACUGAAAAGUUUUGCCUUGAAAAAAUGAGGUACUCCGUACCACCGCAGGAGCAGAGAUGUAACCUUCCCACCGAUGCUCAUACCACAGAGCAAAAAGUCGUCUCUAUGUGUGUGAAGAUGCUCUUAUUCACAGGCGCUUCCAUGAGCUCCCUCCUGGGCGCUUUGUGCCGAGCUCGCUGACGCGUUUGGUCACUACUGAACACGCUCUGUGCUCACAGCCAGCUGGCCCUUCCGCUGUGCACUCUGUGUUCAGGGUCGGCCUGCAUUACUUGAAGAAGCCGUAAGGUGACGUUUUCCACUUUCCUUCAUUUAAGUUACACUUUGAGUGAGGUAACAGUUGGUCAACUGUGACUUGUAAGGGGUUUUUCCCGUAAGGGGUUUCACCCGACUUUAUUUUCAAAGGGAAUUUUGGAGCUUCUGCUGUUCUAGCUGGUCGCUCUGGGGAGGCAGAAAUAACUUCUGCAGAUCUGCAAAGCUAUAAGAAGGUAGAUGAUUGUUAACGAGACCAGAGCCCAUUCAGCCAGUGCUUCCAUGCCUGGGCUGACCUUUCACGGCACACCUAGUGCAAGCCAGUAU